ACACGGAUGGCGGAGCCAAGAUGGCGGACCUGUCGGUUGACGGGCUGUCAGAAGAGAAAGAAGCCGAAAUGGAGCUGAAGCGGAGGCAGAGGAGGCCGUGGGGAGACGUCCCGCGGUCCGGAACAGCCGGCCCGACUUCCGAGUUGCCCGAGACUCUGGGAUUUAUUGAUGUAAACGCUGUCCGGAGGGAGCAGCGGGACCACUCAGAUCCGUCGCUGGCGGGCUUCGUGUGUGCAGAGCUUACCAGAGGCUACUUCCUGGAACACAAUGAGGCAAAGUACACAGAGCGCAGAGAGAGAGUUUACACAUGCAUGAGAAUCCCCAAGGAGCUGGAAAAGCUGAUGAUCUUUGGCUUCUUCUUGUGUGUGGACGCCUUCCUGUAUGUCUUUACCCUGCUGCCCCUCCGAGUUCUGCUGGCCCUGCUGCGCCUCCUCACCCUGCCCUGCUGCGGCUUUAGCGGGUCGAGGCUGCUGCAGCCGGCUCAGGUCUGUGACAUGCUGAAGGGGCUGAUCCUGGUGCUGUGUUUCUCCAUGAUGCACUACGUGGACUACUCCAUGAUGUACCACCUGAUCAGAGGACAGUCUGUCAUCAAACUCUACAUCAUCUACAACAUGCUGGAGGUGGCAGACCGCCUGUUCUCCUCCUUUGGCCAAGACAUCCUGGACGCUCUCUACUGGACGGCCACAGAACCCAAAGAGCGCAAGAGAGACAGUAUAGGAGUCAUCCCUCACUUCUUCAUGGCUGUCUUCUAUGUCUUCCUCCAUGCCAUCCUCAUCAUGGUCCAAGCCUCCACGCUCAACGUCGCAUUCAACUCCCACAACAAAUCCCUUCUCACCAUUAUGAUGUCCAAUAAUUUUGUGGAGAUCAAAGGAAGUGUUUUUAAGAAGUUUGAGAAGAACAACCUGUUUCAAAUGUCCAACAGUGAUAUUAAAGAGCGCUUCACCAACUAUGUUCUCCUGCUCAUUGUGUGUCUCAGGAAUAUGGAACAGUUCUCAUGGAACCCAGAUCACCUGUGGGUUCUGUUUCCGGAUGUCUUCAUGGUGGUCACCUCCGAGGUCGCUGUGGACAUCAUCAAACACGCCUUCAUCACCAAGUUCAAUGACAUCACCGCAGACGUGUACAGUGAAUACAGAGCCAGCCUGGCUUUCGACCUGGUGAGCAGUCGUCAGAAGAACGCCUGCACCGACUACAGCGACUCAGUGGCCCGGAGAAUGGGCUUCAUCCCCCUUCCCCUGGCUGUCCUGCUGAUUGGAGUAGUGAUGAGUUCUGUGAAGGUGCAGGGGGCGCUCUCCUACACAUGUGUGUUCCUCUUUUAUCUUGGGCUGGUGACCCUCAAGGUGCUGAACAGCAUCGUGCUUCUGGGUAAAUCGUGUGUUUACGUCAAGAGAGCCAACAUGGAGGACAAGCUGUUCGAAAAGCCCUCCGCUCCUCCCUCUUCCUCCACCACCACUUCCUCCUCGGUGAAGAACCCCAGCAGAACCGAGCAGGCCCAGUUUCCCGUCCGUUCAGAUGAAUCCGGCCGGACGGAGCGGAUACCCGACACCCCUCGCAGCCCAGCAUCCUCCUCCUCUUCCUCAUCUGUGACCACUCAGCCUGCCCCCAGGACUGACAUAUUACCCGUCCCGCCCGUCGCUGCCUCCGACACGGCCCCUCCGCCCCGCAGGCCUCCUGGCCCCGAGCCCGAGUGCCCCACGCCGCUGCCCGCCGGCAAGGAGGAGCACGAGGCGGCGCCGGAGGGAGGGUCGGAACUCAAACACAGGACUCCCAAAAAAGACCUGCUGGAGAUCGACCGUUUCACGAUCUGCGGUAACCGCAUCGACUGACCCUGUGACCCCCUGACAAUGGCCGCUCAGGAGAGAUCCUGGACCACAUAUUUAUUCACACUGUCCCGCUGGUUUGGGCUUUCUCUCCGUUUGGUUUUCUCUCUCCUCCCACGGCUGCAGGUUCAACUGCUGCCACCCGAGGAAGGCGGAGCCCACGGUAACCAAGUCUUCAGGGUGUGUGUGUGUGUGUGCAGACACAAGCGUUUCCUGUGCAAGCAGCACCGAUGGAGCGAAAGAGGAAGUGAACAGGUAGCAAGAGGACGACACAUGGAGGAAACUCCCAGACGGCUGUUGUGCAACCAAUAAACUUGAAUAAUUCAUGUUAUGUUUUUUUGUUCUGUUUGAAAAAGGAAAUCUAAAUCUUUCUGGUGUAAUCAGAUCUGAUCCUGCCACGUUGCACAGCUGUAUGAACGGGUGGCUAAGAUGUUUAAUGUUCGGUGGAGCCUCGAGGUUCAAACUACCGUCGUUUGAAUGAUGAACUGGAAGGGGUAAUCUUGGGAUUAAGGCUCUGGGGGGGGAAAUGGGACAUGAAAUUGAGCUUAUACAGGUCUUUAAUUAUUGGAAAGUGACAAAAAUAAUGUUUGAGGAGCCAUCAAACAAAUCGGCGUGUUUCGUAGCCGUCUUCCUCGUGGUUUCCUGUGGAGGAAGACUCGGUUUCAGCUCAGUAGCCUAGCUGCCGGGCUUCUCCCCCAGGUACUGUUGGUGAGCAUCAUAUUGAACAGUUGGCUGAAAGCCUUAAAUGUGGACAUGACAGUAAUGUCUUGAAAUGGCAUUUUGGGGCGUCCGGGUGGUGUAGCAGUCUAUUCCGUGACUUACUGACACGGGGAUCGGCCGUUCGAAUCCCCCUGUUGCCUCCGGCUUGGUCGGGCAUCCCUACAGACGUGGCUGUGGGUGGAAACCUGGAUGUAGGUGUGUGUCCUGGUUGCUGCACUAGCGCCUCCUCUGGUCGGUUGGGGCACCUGUUC